CCACAAGCAAAAAAAAAAGCAUUCCCUGAUUCAAACAGUUUCCCAACAUAUCUUUACAUCACCAUGUCGUUUCUAACAAGCAUGCCUUCAACAACAUCUAUUCUAUCAACAUAUGCCUCCUUCUCUGCAUUCGCAAUGCUGGUCCGGAGUAUGAUCGGCGAGGUCAAGACCAUGAGCAGCCAACUCAUACCCCAACAACUCCAAGAGAAACUCUACUCCAGGCUUGGACGCCUUUUCGGUACUCUCUCUCCUCAAAUGAUUCUCAUCAUCGAUGAAUAUAAUGGGCUUUCCGUAAAUGAAGUAUACCAGAAUUCUGAAGUCUAUUUAAGCACAAGAAUCACCCCCACGAUCGAAAAGCUGAAAGUUUCUAAGGCCCCGCGUGAGAAGUGCCUCUCCAUCACCCUCAACAGAGGAGAGCAGAUUCAAGACAUAUUCGAGGGAAUCCAUUUCACAUGGGAAUUCGUUUGUACUGAAUCCCAGAAAUCUUAUUAUGAUUGUGAAAGCUAUACCGAAUCAACAGAAAAGUCUGAACGCAGGUCACUUCAUCUCAGUUUCCCCAAGAAAUACAAGGAGAAGGCACUCAGCACUUACCUGCCAUAUGUAGUGGACAGAGCAAAAGAUAUAAAGGAAGAAAACAAGGUGGUGAAACUCUAUUCACUGGGAAGCUUCAAUGGAGAAUAUGAUGGGGGCCCAUGGGGAUCAGUCAAUCUUGACCACCCAUCCACUUUUGACACACUGGCUAUGGAUCCAAAGCUGAAGAAGGAGCUAAUGGAUGACUUGGACAGGUUUGUGAAGAGGAAGGAAUUCUACAGGAGAGUGGGAAAGGCAUGGAAACGUGGGUAUCUGCUAUAUGGCCCUCCUGGUACAGGCAAGUCAAGCUUGAUAGCUGCCAUGGCUAAUUACCUGAAAUUUGACAUCUAUGAUUUGGAGCUUACAAAUCUAGGUAGCAAUUCAGAGCUCAGGAGACUUUUAGUCUCUACUGCAAAUCGAUCUAUUCUUGUCAUUGAGGAUAUUGACUGUAGCAUUGAGUUACAGGACCGACAGUAUGGAGAAUUCAAUCAAACCGACAGCAAGCUAACACUAUCCGGGCUGCUAAAUUUUAUUGAUGGACUGUGGUCAAGCUGUGGAGAUGAGAGAAUAAUAGUGUUCACAACCAACCACAAAGACAGACUAGACCCUGCAUUGUUGAGACCAGGCCGCAUGGACAUGCACAUCCACAUGUCCUAUUGCACUCCAUGCGGGUUCGAGAUCCUUGCUUCCAACUACCUCAGGAUCCAAAGUCACUGCCUUUUCAAUGAAAUUCAAGGGCUAAUAGAGGAGGUGGAGGUCACCCCAGCAGAGGUUGCAGAAGAGCUGAUGAAGAAUGAAGACCCUGAUCUUUCCCUUGCAGGACUGGUUGCAUCCCUCCAUCAGAAGCAGCAGAUGAAAUGUGUUGAAGAAUCCAAAUUCGAAGGAGGAGGAGCAGUAAAUGAAGAAGACAAACGAAGCCCGAAAAUGGAGGAAGCAGGUAAGAAGAAGUCGAGGAAAGCGAGGAGAGGUAAAGGCAAGCGAUGAAAGGCAUAUUAUAUAAAUAUAUAUAUACAUACGGAAAACUGUUCGUACGAUUUGAGCUGUCUCUCACUCGUCUUUGUUACAGAUUGCCUUAUGAUGAGUGAUAUACUAUGCUUUUUAUAAAAUAAA